GGCCGGGGACCGGGGAAAAGCCGCGCCUGCCCUGCCCUGCCCUGCCCCGCCCCGGCCCCACGGGAAGUGAUGUUGCGGGGGCGGAAAGCGGCGCGCACUUGCUGCCCAAAAAAGGGCCAGGGCCAGGGCCGGGGCUCGCUGCUGCUGGCGGCCGGGGAGAGCAGGAGUCGCCGUCUGGUGAAGGGCUGCUUGGGCUGCGGGGAGGAGGAGAGACAGCCUCGGAAGCAGCAAGCGUCGCUGUGCUCGCGCGGCCCCGCCUCAGCGUCCGGCCCGGCCGGCUCUGCCAGCGCGGGCCCGCCAGGGGCAGGUAGGGCUCGCUCUCGCGCCUUCGCGGGCUCCGCCACGCUUCGCUUCGCUUCGCCUCGCCUCGCCUCGCUUCCCGCGGCAGAGUCGUCCCGUGGCGCCGGGGCUGCGCACCCCCGGCCCGAGCGGUGCUGCUGGGUCCUGCGGUCUCUCGUGCCUCCCCUUUCGGGCCGAGUCCUGCUCUCCGGAUCGGACUCUUCCCUCGCAGCGGCUCUCGAGCUUGCCUCUUCCCAGCGCGAAGGCCUUGGCUAGCCGCAGCGGUAAAGCAACCCUCCUUGCUCAUAGAACAAAACGAAAGGCCUUUAAAGUGGGUCGGUUACUGAUGAGAGAGCAGCAGACAGCGUAUAUCCACAAGACUCAUCCUCUGUCUUAGACACGGCUCCCACUUCAGUCCUAACCCCACGCAGCUGGGAGCUGCCACUGCUUCUCCCUGGCUGGGCUGGGCUAGAGGAACAGAGCUGCAGCAGAAGGUAGUCUACUAAGUUCUCACUAUGUCUGAUGGGGACUACGAUUACCUUAUCAAAUUUUUAGCUCUUGGUGACUCUGGAGUAGGAAAGACCAGCCUUCUCUACCAGUACACAGAUGACAAAUUUAAUUCCAAGUUCAUAACAACAGUGGGCAUUGACUUUCGGGAAAAGAGAGUGGUGUAUAGAGCCAAUGGCCCAGAUGGCAUUAGUGGCAGAGGACAGAGGAUACAUCUUCAGCUGUGGGACACUGCAGGGCAAGAAAGGUUUCGUAGCUUGACAACAGCUUUUUUCAGAGAUGCCAUGGGAUUUCUUUUACUCUUCGAUCUAACAAAUGAGCAGAGCUUCCUCAAUGUCAGGAACUGGUUAAGCCAGUUACAAACGCACGCGUAUUGUGAAAACCCUGAUAUUGUGCUAUGUGGAAACAAGAGUGAUCUGGAAGACCAAAGAACUGUGAAAGAAGAAGAGGCAAAGGAACUUGCAGAAAAAUAUGGAAUACCGUAUUUUGAAACAAGUGCGGCUAAUGGAGCUAAUGUAAGCAAGGCAGUUGAAACUCUGCUUGAUCUUAUCAUGAAGCGGAUGGAACGGUGCGUGGACAAGUCAUGGAUACCGGAAGGGGUAGUGCGUUCAAAUGGGCAUAGCUCUACAGAGCAGCUACAUGAGGAGAAAGAGAAAGGCAAAUGUGGUUGUUGAGAAACUUGAUUGCAACAGUAAUUUAACCUAUACAAUAUUUAUGUUCAAGUAUAGUACAGUUGCAUCUUAACGGAUUCAUUUAUGGACCCCUCUUACCAUAUAGGUGUAUAGUAAUAAAGCAACCUUAAUUCUUGGUAUUCGCUUUCUAAUAACAAGAGCAUUGCUUGGCAGAGUUAUAAUUUAUCAGAAGUUUGCCAAUGAUGUAUUUUUAAGAGUUUGGUGCCCCACUUAACAUUCCCAACUUUCAGUACUGUCAAACUGUGACACUGGUAAGUCCAUCAGCAGAGCUCUUUUAAGUCCUGUUUGAACAGAAAUGUUCCAUCAUCAUAUCGUUAAUUUUGAUAAAAUGGAGAAUGUAUGUGCUUUGCACACCAGUAGCUUCUUGUUGAAACAAACAAUUGGUUUCUAGGGACAGGAAUUAAAACAGCACUAUUUAUAUGGAAUAAAAAGCUGUCUGAGAAAUGCCAAGGUGACACUUGUGCAAUACUACUGAUACUCACGCAUUCUCGAAUGUGAUCUUCUAAAUCCCAGUUGUACUAUAGAAAAUAUUUGGUACAAACAGACUGCCUAACAUAAUUUGAAUUCAAGAACAUACUGAGGCAUAGAUAUAUGUAGAUGGUGUGUGUAUGUGUGCAUGUAUAUAUGAUUGCAUCCAUUUUAUAUACAAACUCUCUUAUGUUUUUAACAGGAAUUUAGGGAAAGAUAAAUAUCAGCAAAAUUUCAUCAGAGCUAGUGCUUUGCACUGAAUUGGCUUAUACCAAGCAUACGUUUGGAACAUUUCUUCUUCAAAUUUGGAUCGAAAAUUUUAUAGUGGCCCCAUUCUGGAGAGAUACAGCUGCCUGAGACCUCAGUGUUGUUCCAAUCAGUGUAUCUGUAAAUUUAUAAAGCAGGUUUUCUUCUGUUUGCCUCUGGAUCCUGUACAUCUUGGUUGUUGUAUGUUUUGUUCAUUUACUUUAGUCUCUCUUCAAAAAGAUGAGAGAUUCACAUUUUGAUCAUGGAAAUAUCUACUUUGGUUUUGAUAGAUGAUGCUGCAUCUUGAUUGGUUUUAUCUUCAUUACCAUUUAAGGAAUAUUUAGUAUUUUUACAAUUAUUUUCAGACAGAUUGUGAUAUGCCUAACAAAUUAUCUUUUAUCCUAGCAAGAUCCAUAGAACUCUAAAGUUUUGCUAAGUAAAGUCUUAAGUACCAAAUUCAUAUUCUUUCUAUAGACUUCACAAAACUCCAAAGCUACUUUUUCUUUAAGAAAUUAAAUGUUUAUGUAUUUAAAUAUUCUGGUUAGUUUGACUCCUGCAAGUUCAGAUGGACAUUGACAGGUUAUUUACCAACAUCAGUUGUGAUACAAUAAUUCUUUAAAUAAAAAUGAAUAUAUUAAAGGACCAAAUGUAUUGAUAAGAAGGGUAGUUGAGAAGCAAAAUAUACCUUUUGAUAUAACCUCUGUUUAUUGCAAAAUGCAAAAGUGUUAGAAAUCACCGCUCAUUCUCAAAAUUCUGAAAAGCAAUGCGUUUGUUCUUCAACCAACAAAACGUGUAAAUAUAUUUAGUUUAUUACAAUCACACAUGGGAUUUUUAAACAUGUGCAAUAAAACUUGAAUGCUAAGGAGCUAUGAUAGAUGUUAAAGCAAAUUCUGUUAUGUAAAUAUAUUGUAUUUUCUAUUAUACAAAACCGAGGAUCUAAAAUGCCUGUGGACCUGAAUUACUGUAGUCUGAUUCACAAGUGCCUUUUGAAAUUGCCAUCAUCUGCAUGGCCAGAGGAGUAAGAAUUUUUUUCUGAAGACCACAAUUCAUCUCAGUGCACUAAGGUUUUUAAUAAAGAAAUGUAACCCUUGCUUUUCAGAGGGUCUCAAUGGAAUUUUGUCAUGCAUACUUUAAUGGGAUUUAUGGGUUAAAAGCCCAUCCACUGUCUGGAGGAAAAAAAAAAAAAAAGAGUAAGGAGUACUGCAUUCAACUACUGAGUUAAAUGACUACUGAAAUGGCUUAAAAUAUUUCCCUUUGACUACAUAUGUGUUUAGAUUUUAUACAAAAUACUGAAAUGGUUAUAUUUUUUAUCCUCUAUAUUGUAUGUAUCUAUUUACAGUGUACAAAAAUAAAGUCUAUCUUUAUGAAAUAACUUGGAUUUAAUACUAUAAAUAUAUUGGUUUAUGCCAGG